CUCACUGGACUCUUGAGCUGUCACUCAUUUGAACAGAAACACCUCUUAAGCAAGAGGUUUUAUACUUUUCUACAUGCAGGAAUGCGUUCAUCUGUGCUCGCACGGAGACCAUACAGGGAUUUAGUUGUGGUGGCUUGUUGAACACUGGUCAUUGAUCAGGUCAGAGUGGGAGGCAGCAGGCGGAUCAUAGAGUCUCCAGUGAAAACUAUCUGAGAGAAGUUUAUCUUGGCGCUGCAGUUUCCUCAGUGGUUCAGGAGAACAUGGCCUCUCUGUGAACUGAAGAGGCUCAGUCACCAAGUACCUUUGGAUCUGCACUGCUGUAGGAGAUGAACAUUAUCAGAAACCUAAUUCUGGAGUCGGGGAGCACUGUUGGGUACUGUGUCACAAGACCUAUGCCGACACUAAGAGUCUCCCCAGCUUGCUCCAGGGCUUUCUCUCACACACAGUGAGCUGUGUCCUGGCCCUAUUUAUCGGCGUACACUGGAUAGGACACAGCCUUUGGGAAUACAAACAGUGGAUUCAUGAUCAAUCAGUGUUUCUAUUGGUGUCCCUCCUGGUUUUGUGGAUAAAACUUGAGUCUAUAUUUGUGAGCCAGUAUGGGGGACUGGAACUUGUUGGGCAAGCUGCUGGAGAGCGCCCAGGAACACUCCACCGUUGUGGGCAAAGUCUGGCUGACAGUGCUGUUCAUCUUCCGCAUCCUGGUGCUGGGAACCGCCGCCGAGAAGGUGUGGGGUGACGAGCAGUCCGGCUUCACGUGUGACACCAAGCAGCCCGGUUGUCAGAACGUCUGCUAUGACAAGACCUUCCCCAUUUCUCACAUCCGCUUCUGGGUGAUGCAGAUCAUCUUUGUCUCCACACCAACUCUCAUUUAUCUGGGCCACAUCCUUCAUCUGGUCCGUAUGGAGGAAAAGGAGAAAGAGAAAGAGAAGGACCUUGCCAUUCAGAAUGAAAAGCAGCAGCAGUUAAUUGGCAACAAGCCUAAGAAGGCCCCAGUUAAAGACAACAAGGGCCACGUGCGUUUAAAAGGAACACUGCUGCGAACCUACGUCUUCAACAUUAUUUUCAAGACCCUAUUUGAAGUGGCCUUUAUUGUAGCUCAGUACUUCCUGUACGGCUUUGAGCUCAAGCCGAUGUACACCUGCGACCGCUGGCCUUGCCCUAAUGUGGUGAACUGCUACAUCUCCCGACCCACUGAGAAGACUGUCUUCAUCCUCUUCAUGCUGGCUGUGGCCUGCAUCUCCCUGCUACUCAACCUGGUGGAAAUGUACCAUCUAGGUUUCACAAAGUGCCACCAGGGCCUCCGUUACAGACGAUCACAGGCUCCAAGUGAGCCUCCCAAGGCCCUAACUGAGGCGGCCAUGCCCUUUGUCCCGAGCUAUAACUACUUUGCUGGUCAUCCUGCAGUGCCCGAACCUUUCCCUAAGGACUCAAAGUACAGCAUGGCAGAGCCGAAUUCUGCUUACAGCCCCUACAACAGCAAAGUUGUUUACAAGCAGAACAGAGACAAUAUGGCUGUGGAGAGAAAAGGUAAAGCAGAGGGAGAUGAUGUGAAGGAGAGGAAAUCCCCCAGCCCUGUCUUUGAGUUGCCCAUUGAAAAUCUGCGCCGCAACAGUCAGUCAAGCAAGCACAGCACUAACAAGAGCAGGCUGGAUGACCUGAAGAUCUAGGGACCUUCUGUGUUUCUAUCCAAGACUCAGGAACAACAUGCCUGUGAAAAUAUUUGCAUGAGUAUGGUAGACUAUUAAGGACAAAACUAUAUAGUGCACACAACAGAUUAUAGCUGUGAUCAAUAUGCAAGUCAAGAUUGAAGAGCACACAGGGACAGUUUUGUAAAUGUAGAACAAGCAUUAAGUGCAAAAUUUGCAUUUUUCGAGAACUCUCCUGCUCACAGGAUUAUUAAUGUGAGAGGUCAUCACAAACAGGUUUUAAAAGGACUUAUGGUCAUAUUUUCUCAUAAGCAAACCUGAGCGUGACGUUACUUAGGGUUUAAUAUGGUGACGCUUGAAUAUAUUUUACUCUCGCUAUGACUUUGCGUGUCUACAAAUCUGCUCUUGCAUUUUCUGAAAUUUUGACUUGCAGAUUAAUUAAACAUUUGUUUUGCACGCACUCCAUAGUUUUGACAUUAAUGAGCUUCCAUAUUUGUGGGUGAUACAGAUGCAGAUAACUUGAGAAUUGUUUUGUUUACAAGCAAUUUACUUAAAGUAAAACUGUGAGUUAGAAGAUGUUAAAGCAAAAGCAAAAACUGUUGUUAGACUUGUGGAAAUGUGCCACAGUAAUGAACCUCUUACUGCAGUUUGAAUAUGUGAAAUGUUUGGGAGACAGCUUUUAUUGCCAUGUUACUGUUUGUUGUAAAUGUGGAGCAUGCACAAUGCAUUAGGCUACUCCACUGUAGAAGGACACAACUAAAAGGCAAAAUAUACAUUUAAGAGCCGCAUAGUUUAUCAUGAGAGAUUUCUCAAAUGCUGUUAUCUUUUCAGGAGACUUACCAAGUUUUUCCAAUAAACAUUUGCUUUUAUCAAUCAAAUAUGGGCAAUAAAUGUCAACAUGUUUAUUUGGAUUUGCUUCAAAAAGUAGAUAAAAUGUUGACAUACACAAACAUCUAAUUAUUACACCUACUUAUUUGUGACUGAGUAAUUUGAUUAAACUGAUGUGCAGCAAAGGAGUGUUCUGUCAAUAUUCAUGUUUUAAGUCAGAUAUCAGAUCUACUGUGAUCGAGAGGCUAAAAAUAACAUCCAUUUCUUUCUCAUCUGCCAUAAAAAUGUCACAGAUAUACGGUAUUUAUUCCGCUCACAUGCAGCUUUUUUGCAACAUGCCCACUGCUGGAGGCAAGUUGAUGAUGCCACAAAAUUGCAUUAUUCAUCCUGCAGCUCAGCAAAUGUCACAGAUUCAGAGCCAAACUAUGUUAGUAUUUACAUAAACCUCUUACAAGAUGACUGAUGUUUCAGUGUUUAUCAUGGCAUUAGUUCACCAAAUGUGAAUUUAAUCAGUGCAAUGCCUAGAUUUCAAGUAUUUUGACGUCAUAUGUUUUAUUCAGCACAGUUUGGUUUGCACUGUUUUAAUCAUUUAAGUGGAUGUAGACUUGAGAGAAUGGUUUACAUUCACCUCCAAGUGAGUUUCACACAGACAUGAAAAGACUUACUUAACUACACUAGCAUACUGUUUUUGAACAUUAUGAGCUACCAGAGGAGAGUCGAGAUUUAUUCACUGGGCCUAUUCACAAGUUGUUGGGUUUUUUUUAAAGAAAAGCUCCACUUUGUGUAUCUGAACUUUAUAUGAAAAACUCCCUUGUUUGAGGUUAUUCAAAGAUCAAAAUAAUGUCACAUGAACUGAAAAACCACCAAAAAAUGCAUGCAAAUAUGUUUUACCAAUAUAUCACAUGCUUCUGAUCCAGCAACAUACAAAUAUUUCUUUCUCACAGUCUCUUUUUUUAAUCUGCUGUAGCUCAAGAUAUGAAUAAUCGGAUCAGUAUCGGUUUAAAUAAAGCCAAUCAACAUUUCAUCGUUUCUUUACUGUACUCUACUGUUUUCUGUCCACCUCAGCCUACAGUCUGAGCAUCCUGCUGCAUAUGCGAGUGAAAAUAAGAGUGUGUGAAUAUAAAAUUAUUUGGACGCACCAACGCAAGUGACUUUAAUUUCUAACAUCCAGGUUGGCAAAAUAAACACAUUUGCUAAACUCCAA